AUGGCAACAACAACAUCAUUCAAACAUGAAAUUCAAGCAAUAAAUAACGGAAAUCGUAUUCAUCCAAUAGACAUGACAAUGGCAUCUAAUCAAGCAACAAAUAUUCAGACUAAUGAUGAUUCUCAACAAUCAAAUGAAAGUGAUUUUGAUGCAUGUGGAUGGUUAUUAAUUAUUUUUUCAUAUAUUCUUGUUGCUCUUACAUUUCCAAUUACAUUAUUCUUUUGCAUUAAUGUUGUUCAAGAAUAUCAACGUGCUGUUAUUUUUCGUCUUGGACGUAUUUUACCAGGUGGUGCUAAAGGUCCUGGUCUAUUUUUUAUUUUACCUUGUGUGGAUACAAUUUCCAAAGUUGAUUUACGAACAGCAACGUUCAAUGUUCCACCUCAAGAAAUUUUAACACGUGAUUCAGUGACAGUUUCAGUUGAUGCUGUUAUUUAUAGUCGUAUUGUUGAUCCGGUUGCUUCGGUAACUAAAGUAAGUAAUGUUUCGUCUGCAACUCAAUUACUAGCUCAAACAUCAUUACGAAAUAUUCUUGGUACCAAAACACUUCAAGAAAUUCUAAGUGAUCGUGAAACAAUUGCAAAGAGUAUGCAAUUUCAUCUUGAUGAAGGAACUGAUCCAUGGGGUAUUAAAGUUGAACGUGUUGAAAUUACGGAUGUCCGUUUACCUCAAUCAAUGCAACGAUCAAUGGCUGCAGAAGCUGAAGCAAGUCGUGAAGCUCGUGCUAAAGUUAUAGCUGCUGAAGGUGAACAAAAAGCAUCAAGACAAUUAAAAGAAGCAGCCGAUGUUAUUGCUGAAUCACCUAUUGCUUUACAAUUACGUUAUUUACAAACUUUAACACAAAUUUCAGCUGAGAAAAAUUCAACAAUCGUUUUUCCAAUUCCGGUCGAAUUCCUUAGUUUUAUCAAACACGGACGUUAA